AUGACUUCGCAGGGGUCACGCUUCAGCAGGAGAGAGGGCGCAUCUAGGCUCACGGAUGAAGUGUUCAACAUGCGCAAUUUGCACAGCUACACGCCAAAGCACUGCGGUGAGGCCUGCUGCAUGUGCUGCUCGUACUCGCCUCCGUGCAUCAUAUUCUUUCUGAUCGUCGUGCUUACGGUGGGGUAUGACGCGUACUUUAUCACCCUCUGUCUGAAGUUCCACGCGGACUGGCGCACUGCCUUCGCUGUGAUUUGUAUUCUCCUCGGCACCGCCGCCAGCGCGAUGCUGCUGUGGGCGUUUCUGGGCGCCGUCACGACGGCCGCGGGGUACGUGCCUGCGGACCCGUGGAAGUACCCUCCCACGUACGUCGGGCGGCGCAAGGACUUUCAGCCGCCCGCGCCAUCCUCCAACGGGGGGUCCAACCCCAACAGCGUCACACAGCUGGAUAGGGCAAACCAGCUGCGUUACUGCGCGUCGUGCGAGCAGUAUAAGCCAGAUAAUGCGUACCACUGCAACUUCUGCGCGCGCUGCACGUAUCAGUUUGAUCACCAUUGCCCCGCCAUCAAUAACUGCAUCGGACGCGACAACUAUAAACUCUUUGUGACGUUCCUCGUCUACGUCGGCGUUGUGGGCUUCUUCAACGGGGGCCUGAUGCUGAUCGGCAUCUUCGCCCUGGAAGGCGGCGAUUGGAACAUCGCGUGGAUUAUGUUCUCCGCUUUUAUACUCGUUUUGGCCGUGACGCUCCUCAGCUUUGGUCUAACGCAUGUGUGCUGGAUCUGCCGCGGCCAGUCAACCAUGUCGCGACACGUCGCCUCAUUCAACCGGGAGGGGUCGCGGCGGCAGAGCAGGCAGCAGCUGGAGCAGAGUCGCCGGGCCCACUGGGACGCGGUGCUGGGCACCGACAGACGGUGGUGGCGCAUGCUUCUUCCGCUGAGGCCCAGGUGGCCUGCUCCUGAAGAGACAGUUUGA